AUAUUUUGCUAAUCGUUAUGGAAAAUGAUUUUUCGGAUAGGAAAAAAGAAAUCAAAAAACGAUUUCUAAGUUGUUACCAAAUAGACAAAAUGUGUGAAUUAGUAUCAGAAUGGUACCAUUCUUUUAAAUAUCUACCCUAGCCUGGAAGUAGCUUCACUAUUGACUUGUACGGAAAUAGACCAGGUCUGACAUAUAAUGAACUGAAUCACAUAGUCUAUGAAGAACCACAGCUUAGAUAUUUGUUUCUGCUAGUUGGUUCUGAGGAGCUAUUUCUCUCGCUUUUCCCUCUCUCAGAUAAACAAAUCUAAAGCAGCCGGAACCAAUUUUGACAAUUAAGUUGCUCCACUCUACCUUUUUUUUUUUUCUAUCUCAACCACCAACAAAACAGAUGAGAAAGACAAGCCAACAGAGGAGCCUGUAACAUCGUUAGUCAAUCUGCUAGAAAUAUCAACCAAAUUUUUCUCAUAUUACAAUCUACUCUUUCAAAAAGGGAAGGACAGUUGAUAAUGUAAUCAUAAAUAUAUCAUUUCUGAAAAAAAAAAAAAAAAGAUAAAAAAAGAAAAGGAAAAAUAGACAGGGGUAGUUGAGGCUGUAAUGUCUUUGAGUAUAUUAUAUCUGAUAUGAUCUGGAACUAAACAACAGCAGAGUUUAGCCAAUUUUUCAGAAUAUAUUCUAAUUAGUUGUUUAUAGAAUUGUAAUUAAUUUCAAUGGUCUUUCAGAAGUUUAAUGAAACAACAUAAAUACCGUGGUUAGCAAUAAUUAUAUAAACCACUGCUCCCUCUGGAGUUAAGUAAAAGGGCAAUAUUUCUACACAAUGGUUAAUGAAAGACAACUAACAACGAGUGUAAGUUAACUUGAAAAAAUAAACUAUUGAGAUUUGGUUUCGAUUCAUAGUUCCAGCUAUUUCAGCUGUUGUCCUUGAGAAAGGCAUGGAUGUUAUGCAAUCUUUUUCUUCUUUUUAGCUAUCAAAUUGCUCUCUUGUAUCUAUCUAAAGAAAUUAAUAAAUAAAAUAAACAAUGAUUUCUUUAUUCACCACUAAAUGUGUCCACAAAGACCAAGGAUGGUACAGAACAAUAUAAUACGAUAUAUGAGGACAGAAAAAUUCGUCAAAAGGAGAAGGCUUCUGAGGGUUACUCGUGGGAACUUCCACAAAAAUCACGAUUACCCCGACUGCUAAAGGCAAGGGCCCUUAUCAUAAAUUACCCAGUGGGAUCAAUCCUGACAAAUAAAUGAGUAAGGAAAAGAAAUUCAUUUGAAUGAAAAAUGUUAGCUGGAAAUUUAACCACCUCCCAAAACAAGUUAAAUAAGAAACAGGUGAAAAAAGAAAAGAAAAAAGAAACAAGAUUUGUGUGGAAAGUAAGACAGGAGCAGCCAAAAACAGACGAAUUUCGGUAAAGCUAUGUUAGAGGUACGCCAACAUCGUCAUGAGGUGUUCUGCGAAUGUAAACAGCACCAUGCCAAAGCUAGAGUUACUUAAGAACUGGUCUGGUUUAUACGCAAUAGAGCAGCAACACACCUCGGAGCCGAGACUUCACUACAAAGAUGCUGUCCUCAACAAGAAAACUGGAAUUCUUUUUCCCAUUUCUUCUUGUUCUUGUGAAAAGCAUUGCAAGUUACCGACAUAAUGGACAAUUAGGAUUGAUAGAAUGCAGACAAAAUUUAAAAGGACCCCUGUGGCGGGCUAUGGUAGGUGACAGUGGGGCAGUGGUCAGCACUGGUUACCCAAACAGCUAUUCUUCCCACCCUGAUACGAUGUGUGAAGUGCUCUUACGUACCUGUAAUAGCUGCCGAUUUUUAAUAGAACUCAAGAAAUUGCAUUUCCCAUCAUGCAAUGGGACAUCUUUAGGGAAUUUUACAGCACAGACAAAUGUGGAAAAUCAGUGCAUAAAUGGAUGUGACCAUCUCUAUAUCUCAGAAGUUGACCAUCCUUACAGUUUAUAUUCUCAUCAGAAUUAUUUCGAUGUUAAUGAGACAUCGACAUACAUUUCAAUAUCGUCCCAUAUCCGAAUUGUCCAUUGUAUGUCACAAACGAAUCUGGCUGCAGGAAAAAUGUUUAAGAUUAAUUACAAGGUUGUAGUGAAAAAAGAAGAAUUUUCUGGAUAUCCUCAAAAAGGAACUCUUAGUGAUGGAUUUUUUCAUUCUCCAAACUUUCCGAGAGGCUAUGCAAUCAAUGGAGAAAUUUUCAUCUAUUCAAUACGAAAUCUGGAUCCAAAUGGGUUCAUAAAACUUGUCUUUGAUGAUUGGGAUAUUGCACAAGACACUACAGUGCAGGUUUAUGAGAACAAUCAGAACACUCCACUGACCAUAAAACAUUUCCAGAGACCAAUCAUUGUCUCUAACAGCAACAGUCUUCAGUUGAUUUUCUACACUGGAGCAAAACCCUCUUCAGACAGUGAAAACAUUGGAUUCAAAGCUUCUUUCAAAUAUUUAUCAGAAAAGAUUCAAGACAAUACUAAACUUGAUUGUAGUGCUACUUUCCCUGCCAGCGUUGGAGGUGCGAUAUCUUUCUACGGAUUAUCCCCAAUCGACUCUGCAUCGUAUGACUGUGUUUGGGUCAUCAGAAAGAUUCCAAACAAAGAAUACAAUUAUGAAAUCCAUUUACACUUGAAAGAAUUAACAAUGAAAGAUGGUUGGCGUCUUGAACCAAGAAACAGCUUAGAAAUUCACAAUGGAAUCAGUUCUAUAGAUCCAGUCAUUGCUCGUUACACAUCAGCUGAAUAUACACCAUCUUUUACCUGGAAUACAUCUUUGCAGAGUGAAGGGUUUUAUAUUAGACUCCGAGGAAACUUCAACCAUUUUGACAGAGUUGAAUUUUCUUAUGCAUCUGCUGUAAUGAUGACAAAAGAUGGCUGCCGUGAGAAUUUCAAACUUCCAUGUUUCAACCUUCUGUGUAUUGCUGAAUCACUGCAGUGUGACGGAGUCGAUCACUGUGGAGACAAUUCAGAUGAAAGGCCGGCCAGGGAAUGUAAUUUUGAAAGUGAAGAAUUGCAUAUUUUGGAUACGACACCAUUAAGCACAGGACAGAAAUUUUUUGAAGAUAAAACUGUUCUUUACUUUUUACUCUGCUUUUGUAUUUCAAAAGAAUUUGUUUGAGAAAAACCAUAUUUUGCUUAUUUUGGAAGGUUUUGAGUUUUGUUGUUACAAAAUAAAAUUAUGGGGAUGACCCCCUAAACUCCCAACUCUUUCACUGCCUGUUGAACGAGAUCAACAGGGAAGCCCAGUUUUUUUUUUCUUUUUACUGGAAAGAGAUGCUGCUAUCUGUGCCUAGAAGCAGAUGCAAGCCAAAUGCUUCUGUUAUUUGGUGAUCAAAAAACCCAUUCUGCUGAAUUAUGUUCAGGUAAUAUCACGAGUUUAAUAAUGGUU